AGCGCCAAUGUGCUAAUCCCUCAUCUAUUCGGCUCCCCUAAUCCAAUUCCCCUAAUCCAAUUCCCGACCCGAUCAAAGUUCGAAGCCGCGUCCAAGUUUCCCCUCGUCCAGCUGCCCGGAUCGCAAGCAAUCCUCGUCGAACUCGCUCCCUUCGUCUGCUCGAUCCGAGGUCGGGGAGUUGCUGCUGUUGGAUCCGCUUUGCCGGGGUGAUUUGGCCGCGGGUGGAGUAGAUCGAGGCGAGCUGCGAGCAGCAGCAGCCAUGAGCGAGGUGUUCGAGGGCUACGAGCGGCAGUACUGCGAGGCCUCCGCCUCCCUCUCCCGCAAGUGCACCGCCGCCUCCGCCCUCGAUGGAGAGAAGAAGAAGCAGAAGCUGUCCGAGAUCCAGUCCGGCGUGGAGGAAGCUGAAUCGCUGAUUAGGAAGAUGGAUCUGGAGGCGAGGAGCUUGCAGCCCAGUGUGAAGGCGGUUUUGCUUGCUAAGCUGAGGGAGUACAAAUCUGACCUCAAUAACGUCAAGAGUGAGCUCAAGAGGAUCUCGGCACCAAACGCCAAGCAGGCUACACGGGAGGAGCUCCUUGAGGCCGGCAUGGCUGACACACUCGCGGUGUCUACUGAUCAGAGAGGAAGAUUGCUGAUGACAACAGAAAGACUAAGUCAGUCUACUGACAGAAUUAAAGAGAGCCGAAGAACUAUGUUAGAGACAGAAGAACUUGGUGUGUCCAUUCUUCAGGACCUUCACCAACAAAGGCAGUCACUGCUUCAUGCUCAUACCACUUUGCAUGGAGUCGAUGAUAACAUUGGGAAGAGCAAAAAGAUCCUUGCGGCAAUGUCAAAGAGGAUGGACAGGAACAAGUGGAUCAUCGGGGGGAUCAUCACGACUCUCGCUCUGGCCAUCCUUAUCAUACUGUACUUCAAACUCAUUCAUUAAGCCUGCUUCCCAGGUAGGUUCUCCACAUAUCUCUGUUCAGUAAUUGUGUGAUAAGGGUUGUCUGAAUGCUGUGCAUUGAGCAACGCAUGUCUCUCCAAGCUCAUUUGUUUCCCCAAACUUCUAAACUUCAAGUGGCCCAUGUUAUGUACAGUGACAUACACUCCAGUUAUGUAAACUGUGCAGAAAAUGGGAAAAAAAUCAUGACUUAUAUUGAGACCUUUCCUGAA